UAAAUACUAUAUAGGAGCGUUUCAGUUUUGGAAAUCUAUCAAGCGGUUCACUAAUUUACUUUGUAACAUUAGAUUGUGGGAUCUAUACUAAACCCACGUCGGAAGUUACGUAUUUCGAUUGUCUCGAUCACUCAGUGUACCGAGUUGUGCCCAUGAAGAUGGCUCGAAGCGGAGCGUCUGCAUGCUUGAUAAAGGAGGACGGGAAUAAGAAGAUAAAUGUGUUUGGAGGGGUCGCUGCUGAUGAUUCCUCAAACUGGGUAGAGGUAUUUGAUCUGGAAACCGCAACUUGGGAGUUGUUGUCUGUGUCUACCCCCAAGAAUAAUAUGCCUCUCAAAAUCCAACAAAGUAUGGUGAUGGAGGACAGGAAGCGUGUCUACACGGUCGACGAGGAUGGCGAAAUCUUUAUUUUCUCAACUAGUGAAUGUGCGUUUUGGACAGGCGGAGAAAAAGAAUCUGACCCGGAAAAUAAAAACGAUUGGCGUUUGUUUGGUCAGGUAUUUUUAUGCCGUGGUAUCGGCGGGAGAAUACUGUGGCGUGGUCUAUCUGAGUCGGAUUGGAAGGAAGUCAAGGGUUUAGAAGAAGAACUCCGUGGUGUUGAUAUCAUCAAAAUCUGCCCCUUCUCUCCUCAGAGGAUAGCCAUCUUCUGGCUCCGUGGUCCUGCUUAUCAGACUUUGCAGCUUUGGUUUGCCGAGAUUUCCCUCGAGAUGACAAAACGCCAGGAGGUAUGGGGUUUUUGGGGGAACAUUGAAUCUUCUGGUCCUGUCCUCUCUGACUCAUCAUAUACUGGCCUUAACUUGUUAUUUGCUGAUUCUCUCUAUCUCUGAAUAUAUAUAUUCCUCAACCCUUUUGUUUUCUUAAUUCCAAACCUGUUUUAACU